GCUUGUUCUUUAGCUUUGAGAAAGGAAAUCGACGUCCGCAAAGAGUUCGUUUGUUCAAUUUUUCAGGCAAAUUCAUCGAUCGUUUGUUGUUUUGACAAGAAAUCAUAUCUGGAAAUGGGAGACUGGAGGCUGCCUGGCCUUGGAUUGCUUGACAAGAAAUAAUCUUUAAUAUCACUAUAAAUGCACACCACUACAUAUUUCCAUCACUCCAACACUGAAAAAUGAAAAACACCAUGCCUCCAAUCGCAUCCAGACCAUCGUUUCUCUCCUUCAUUGUCAUCGUCCUCGCCAUCUUGCUGGGCCCAAUCCCAACCCUAACCCAAGCCGGAAAGCCCCACCACAUCAAUUUCCGAUCCCCAAACCUCUACCCAGAAGGCGUCACCUAUGACCCAUCCGCCCAGCACUUCAUUGUCGGCUCCCUCCACCAUCGCAUCAUAGCCUCCGUCUCCGACGCCGGCGUCGUCGACACCCUAAUCUCCGAUCCUACCCUCCCCGAAAACGUCUCCGUUGUCGGCCUCACCGUCGACUCCGUCAACAACCGCCUCCUCGCCAAUAUUCACGCCCUGGCCCCGCUCCCCGAAUUCAACGCGCUCGCUGCCUACGACCUCCGCACCCGCCAACGCCUCUUCCUUUCCCCCCUCCCCUCAGAUGACGUCAGCGACGGCACACGUCAGAUCGCGAACGACGUCGCGGUGGACUUCAAGGGCAACGCCUACGUCACCAACUCGGCCGGCAACUUCAUCUGGAAGGUCAACGCCAAAGGGGAGGCCUCCAUCUUCUCCAAGUCUCGGGCGUUCACUGCGCAGCCCGUGGACCGAGACCUACCGUAUAGCUUCUGCGGCCUAAACGGCGUCGCUUAUAACAGUAAGGGGUAUCUUUUGGUGGUGCAAUCGAAUACGGGCAAGAUGUUCAAGGUGGACGCGGAGGACGGGACGGCGAGGCUGGUGCUGCUGCCGGAGGACAUGCAUUUCGCCGACGGGAUCGCGAUCAGAAGCGACGGCGUCGUUUUGGUGGUGUCACAUAAGACGCUGUGGUUCUUGAAGAGCCAGGACAGUUGGGGGGAGGGUGCGGUUUAUGACAAAAUUGACCUCGACGCCGAGGGUUUUCCUACUUCUGUGGCGGUCGGGGCGGAGGACAGGGUGUAUGUGCUGCGUGGGCACAUCAUGGAGGGUAUGACCGGAAAUGUGGAGAGGGAGGAGUUUAGCAUUGCGGAGGUGAGGUCGGUGAGGGAGAGCAAGGAAGACAGUGUUUGGAUUUUCGUUUUGAUCGGCUUGGGAUUAGCUUAUUUCUUGUUUUGGAGGUUUCAGAUGCGCCAGCUUGUUGGCAACUUGAACAAAAAGACCAAUUAGUUUUUCUUUUUUCUCAUUUUGUAGAUUACUGUUGUAACAGAUCAAUAUCAAUGAAGUUUGAUUUUUCUGCAAUAUAAGAUUUGUAAAUGGUAACAAAGAAAAACAUAGCCAGGAGCAAAAAUGAUCAUGCACACAAAGGUUUAUUCAACAACGAAAUCGUGAUCCCAAGUUCUGAAUUAACAGAGGCCAAUUAAAAUUCUAUA